AUGCGACGAAAUCGCUCGUCCGGUUCGUCUUCGCCAUUUCGAGCCCUGGCUCAUAAUCAGCCCCCCAGCAACCCUGGAGAUUCCGUCUCCCUCAUCCGCUCCUUCAAUGUCGAGACCAAUCCGGCUCGGCCAAUACGGCCUUCGCCCCUCACGGCAUCUACCAUUCGCGAUAUGCCACUCGACUUGGUCGAUCGUCUACGCUCCUUUCCACUCUUUCAAUCAGCCCCAGAAGAUUUCCUUGUCGAAAUUGGCAACCACCUGAAACCUCAGGUGCAAGCCGCAAAUGACCAUGUUGUCAACGAAGGCGACGAUGCAAAGGCCAUGUAUUGGCUCGUUCGCGGAGUUGUCGCGGUGACAUCUCGCGAUGGCGAGGCAGUGUAUGCCGAGCUUAAAUCUGGCGCCUUCUUCGGAGAGAUUGGUGUUUUGAUGGAUAUGCCCAGAACAGCGACUAUUGUCGCUAGGACAAAGUGCCUCCUCUUAAUCUUGAAGAAGGAGGAUCUGCAGACAAUCAUGCCCAAGUUCCCACAGAUGGAACAAGCCAUUCGCGAAGAAGCACAAGAACGCCUGACUCUCUUGAAGAAGAAGCGACAAGAGGGGAACUCCUUGUUGAAAUCACCGUCCGGCGACAUUGGAUCCCGAACCGCAGCACCAGGCGAAGUCUCGCGAGGCGAUAGCGGCGCUCUCAAAGAUGGCGCCGUCGUCAACUCUAAGAAGCGAAAGUCACCGAGCCCGGGUAUUAUCGAAGACCCAGCCGUUGGGAGCGCUAUUGGCAGUGGAUAUGUCAAUAUUCGCCAUACCCUCCGCGAGCUACCACUUUUUGCAGAUCUCCCACCAGAUAUCCUCCAUUUUCUCGGCCUCAGCGCUCAGCCUAAAAUCUACCCUCCCUUCAACGAUAUUGUCAAGCAGGGGACCUCUGGUAGCGAAAUUUUCUUCAUAGUUCAAGGAGAAGCUGAAGUCAUCCACCAUUCUGCCAAUGACUCGUUGUUCAAGAGCUUCCGUAUUCCCAAGAGACCCCGGCUCAAGGCGGGCCAAUACUUUGGUGAGGUAUCAAGCUUGGGUCUCUCGCGAGAAAGGACUGCAACUGUGCGAUCCAUCACUACCGUGGAGUGCUUGAUGAUCCCUGGCAACACACUAGAUGAGCUGUGGCGCCGAUGCCCAGCAGAUGUCAGGGCUCAAGUCGAGGAAACGGCCCGAACGAGGCUGAAUCAGAAAGAAGACGACGUUGAAAUGACCGACGCCGACGGCAAGCCUCGCUCAGCGUACUCUGAUCCUCCCACGCCAUCUUCCCCCUCAAAACCUCACCCGCCACACCUGGUGCUUACGAACCCAUCCAAGCCCGCCUCUCCAAGCAAGGACGAUUCAGAUCGUAUGGAGCCCAAGGACCCCGAUCCAUUCCUGAGCGUCAAUAUGGAAAAUUUACGUAACAGAAGACGACACUCUCUAGCACCACCGAUACCAACCCCUGAUCAGUCUGGUAGAGUGAAUGGAGGGUUGCCUUCGCCCGACGGAACGACGUUGAAGGUUGCAUUUUCACAAGCCUCUCUGGACUCCGAUAUGCCUACGAAGCGCGCGAGAAGGAGCUCCCGCCCAACACCUGGAUCAACCGGGCCUGUACUCUCCGACGCCAUAUUCGUCCGCAUAUUCGAACACUUUGAUAUUGUCGAAUUGCUCAGACUUCGCAUCGUGAAUAGCCAUUGGCGGCAGAUCAUUACGACCCAUCAAGACGUCUGCAGAAAUGUCGAUUUGUCUAGCUACAACCGGUAUGUCACGGACCAAGUUCUCACGCAAGUCUUGGCGCCAUUCAUUGGCACAAGAGCCAGGAUGAUCGACCUCAACAACUGCUUUCACAUCAGCGAUGACGGUUUCUCGGCUCUGUGGAAGAGAUGCGGCAAGAAUGUGGUCUCGUGGAAGAUGCGAUCAGUUUGGGAUGUCUCGGCCAGCCAAAUUCUCGACAUGAGCGAGAACGCCAAGGAACUACAGGAAGUUGACUGGAGCAACUGUCGCAAAGUAGGCGACAAUCUCCUGGGGCGUGUCGUCGGCUGGGUAGUUCCAGAGCAUUCCCCAACAAUGCAGAAGAAGAUGGCGACGCAGUCACACAAGAAAUCGAAAUCGCGCCAUGUUGAAACGGCAAAGGAAAACCCGCCGCCGCCGGGCACCGUGAUUGGGUGCCCGAAGCUUAAUACGUUGAACCUAUCUUACUGCAAACAUAUUACAGACCGAUCGAUGUUACACCUGGCUGCACAUGCAUCGGACCGGAUACGUUCACUUUCACUUACCCGAUGCACAUCCAUUACAGAUGCUGGGUUCCAGUCUUGGGCACAAUACAAAUUCGAAAAGUUGACAUAUCUUUGCCUUGCCGACUGCACAUACCUAUCUGAUCAUGCGAUUGUUGCUUUGGUCAAUGCCGCCAAGAGUUUAACGCACCUUGAUCUCUCCUUCUGCUGCGCCUUAUCAGACACCGCGACUGAGGUAGUGGCAUUGGGGCUGCCAAAACUGCGCGAAUUGCGCUUGGCUUUCUGCGGCAGUGCGGUUAGUGAUACCAGUCUACAGACAAUUGCCCUGCAUCUACCCGAAUUGGAAGGACUGAGCGUGCGUGGGUGCGUACGAGUGACUGGAAAGGGCGUGGAAAGUUUGGUCAAGGAAUGUACUUGGCUGAGGUGGCUUGACGUGAGCCAAUGCCGGAACCUGGAGGGAUGGCUCCGAAACGGUGGCCCUUUGAAACUGGGCUCGGCAACUGAGCUGCAGAGCGGAUGGUCUUCGGACGAAGAAGACGAAGGCCCCAGUUUCAGUCCGCCACGGUUCGGGCCGGCAGUGAUGAGCGUCGAUAAGCUCGCCAGCACUUCGAGCUUUGCGCACCGCACGGGGCUGGGAGCAGCAAGGAUACGACGACAACCUAACAUCAUGUCGUUUACCCUGAGUAUUCGGCAAGGGCCUGCGCGCCUCGCGCAGCGUCUACCCGAACUCACCAAGACCAGCAGCUCCAUACUGCGUGCCGUCGUCCCCGCACGGAGUUUCCACCAAGCCGUGUCCCGGAAGCCCAUCGCAUCCCGCAUCACGACAACGACGACACGCAGCGCCUUUCGCCAGAACGGCAUCCGCUUUUACAGCCAGAAUGGUGGCCGCGGCCAGUAUCAGCAGACGGCGUCGUCGACGGUCAGCAGCGGCACCCGCAAGCUGCUGGUCGGCGGCGCCAUUUUUGGCGGCACGCUGAUGGCCAUCAACGUCGUCUUCAACCGAGAGACGCGCGACGACGGCGGCAUGCCCGUAUACGAGCGCGAGUACCUCAAUAACACGUUCCUGCACACAGGUCUGGGCGUCGGCAUCAUCGCGCUGACGGCGCGCCAGAUGGUGCAGACGGGCUUCGUGUACCGCAUCAUGACGACGAACCCGUGGGUGGUUGGCCUCGGCGGCCUAGCCCUGAGCUUUGCCACCAUGAUUGGCACUCGCUCGAUUAGCCCCGACAACUACCUGCCCAAGUACGCCCUCUGGACCGCCUUCAACGCCACCCAGGCCGCCUUUGUCGCCCCGAUGCUCGCCUUCAUCCCCGGCGCGCUACUCGCGCGCGCUGGCCUCUACACCGUCGCCAUGAUGGGCUCGCUGGCCGUCGUCGGUGCCACCGCCAAGCAGGAGAAGUACCUGUACAUUGGCGGCCCACUUCUGGCUGGCGCCGCCAUCGUCGCCGCCUCGGGCUUCGCGCCGCUGCUGCUGCCCGUCACCGCCGUGCGCACGCUCGCCUUCACCGAGAACAUUUGGCUGUACGGAGGCCUAGCCGUCUUUGGCGGCUUCACGCUCUACGACGUGCAAAAGGUUCUGCAUCACGCACGCUUGGCGCAGGCCGGCUACAUGAAGCGUGAUCCUGUCAACGAGAGCAUCUCGCUCGAGCUCGACUUCCUCAACAUCUUCAUCCGCAUGGUCCAGAUCCUGUCGAUGAACCAGCGCCGCAAGUAA